AUGCCACCACCACCACCUCGAAAGCCUGAUCCAAAGGCGUCCGCUGCCUCCAAGGAAGAGAACAUAUACAUUCCUUCUUUCAUCAGUAAACGUCCUUUCUAUGCAGGCGAGGAAGGCGAUGAUCAAACGGACUACCUCGAACAUCAACGUCUGCAGAAGAAGAAGGAUGAGCAGUCGCAAUGGUACGAUCGCGGCAGAAAGUCCGGCCCCGCAGCCACGAAAUAUCGAAAAGGGGCAUGCGAGAAUUGCGGCGCCAUGACGCACAAGGCCAAGGACUGCCUAAGCCGACCGCGAGCGAAAGGCGCAAAGUGGACUGGCAAGGACAUUCAGGCGGAUGAGGUCUUACAGGACGUCAAGCUUGGCUGGGAUGCCAAGCGGGACCGUUGGAAUGGAUACGAUCCAAAAGAAUAUCGCAACGUCGUCGAGGAGUUCAAUCAGAUGGAACAGCUGAGGAAGAAGGCGCUAGCCAAGGACGGAACUGAAGAGGAGCAGGAUGAUGGAGACAAGUAUGCCGAGGAGAACGACAUGAGCAAGCAUCAAAGUACAGCCACCCGUCAGCUCAGAAUACGAGAAGACACCGCCAAGUACCUGGUCAACCUUGACCUCGAAUCAGCCAAGUACGAUCCGAAGACAAGAUCUUUGGUCGACGGUGGUGCAACCGCAGACAAAGCGGCGAACCUUUUCGCGGAAGAGGGCUUCAUGCGGGGCUCGGGUGACGCGAGUGAGUUUGAGAAGGCACAACGAUACGCCUGGGAAGCCCAGGAGAAGAGUGGCGACACUACAAAGCAUUUGCAGGCGAACCCUACAGCGGGAGAAUUCUACCGGAAGAAGGAAAAGGAAGAGGCGGAAAAGAAGCGAGCCGAGCGGGAGAAGAAGCUCAAGGAGAUGUACGGCGACAACUCGCAGUACACAAUGCCCGACGAGAUGAAGAACCUCAUCACCGAGUCCGAGAAGUACGUCGAGUACGACGAAAGCGGUCUCAUCAAGGGCGCGCCUAAGGUUAUCGCCAAGUCGAAGUACCCCGAGGAUGUGUACAUCCAUAACCACACGUCCGUCUGGGGCAGUUGGUGGUCCAACUUUCAAUGGGGCUACGAGUGCUGUCAUUCCGUUGUGAAGAACAGCUACUGCACGGGCGAGGAGGGCAAGCAGGCCUGGGAAGCGUCCGAAAGACAAAGGACUGGUGCCAUCUUGGCUCAACAACAGGAGGAAACGCCUGCUGCCACCAAGGACGAGAAGGCGGACGAAGAGCCCCCAGCAAAGAAGCCUGCGAACAAGCGCACGGCGGAAGAGAUGAUGGGAGGAGUCACCGAGGAAGAGAUGGAGGAGUACCGAAGAAAACGCACAGCGGCAGACGAUCCAAUGGCAAAGUUCCUGGGCAAGGAUGAAUUGGUUUGA